CCUCUUCGGGUUGCUAAGACGACGGUUGAGCGCUCCUACGCCUCUGUUUGGGAAAACUCUGCAGACCAGAAAGAAAACUAACCACAAUAGGUAGUAGCAGUUCUUUAUGAAUGGUGCUUUCAGACAUGGGAAUAGUGACACCAACCCAUUCAAAAUGCUACAGUGAUUCAGAUGUCUUCCUUUUGAUAUCACCAUGAAGUAGGCCUACAUCAGAUAACUAGUCUACUUAAUGGCGACCUUAAAAGAAGUUGAUCACGCAGCUGUGAAUGGAUCAGCAACGGAGCUUCCAACGCAGGAGGACGCAGUUGGUGCGCAGCUUUACAAGACGCCAGAAAGGAGACAUGCCGAUACCCUUCUAGAUAUUAGUGAGCAGGAUUUCUUGACAGAACUGGAGCCAUAUGAGUAUCACUGUUACUCAGGUUGGGAGGAAGCUGUUCAGGGUUGGGCCAGAGUUGCUCCACUGAGCUGCAUACUUUUGACUGAGAGGAAAUACAGGAAACCAAAGCAUAAAGAGGCUGAUAACCUGACCCCCGUGUCUAUUGACCCAGCAAUCCCCAUUACAGACAGCCCGGUCAGCAUUGCGGAGAACCGCUGUGAGCCUGAUGUGGGCCCACAUGACAGCUCUAAGAAAAUCAUGCCAUUAAACCAGCAUCCUGGAUCCUGGAGUAACACUGCUGAGGCAGCUCUGCAGACAGAUGCCUUGGAAUGGCUUGUCGAUGGAAAGAGAGAGGAGGAAGGGACACUCAGAGAUACUUCUUUGCAGCCUCACAAUCUCUCCUCCAAAUACUCUUUUGUGUCAGAUAGCAGGCCCACUAAGCCUCAGAAAUACAGCCACAGGCCCAGUAGUACAGUGGUUCCCAUUAAAAACUUCACAUUUUUACCACCAAUUAUAUCACCACACCUGAAUCCUCAGAAAGUCAGUGGCACAAAGGUUCCAGAUGGAGAAACCAUAGAGGAAAACUGUUUCAUAUUUGAUAAGAAGGGCAGAAUGAGACAAACAAGAGUGGACCCUGUUUCUAAUGCAGAGCUUCGCACUUACUCUGCAGCCCUGACCUCCAAGUACCGGACAUGUCUGCAUAAUCCCCACUUGUUCUCUGCUGUAAGUGUUUCUAUCCCCAAGGGGUAUCAAGUACCUGUGUCUUCCAAACCUGACACAGUGCAUCGCACUAACUACUCAAUGGGCAAGAGCCUCACACAGGCUCUCCACUCCAGCUCUGCAGCAGGUGCGCAGGCACAUAUGCACCCCAGCAAAGCUGUCUAUGCUGUCAAGCUGUACGAGGGCUGCGAAAUAAACGUUUAACAUGACUGAUAACGACAUUUAUGUAUGCAAUCAUUUUAAACUCCCAAAGUAAAAACAACCUGUUUUAACAUA